AUGGAAGUUAUGGGGGUGGUGAAUCGAAAGGCUGAUAUAUGGAGUGAAUCGAAAGGUUCACUAAUGCAUGAAGCGCACCAACAUGGCAUAAAGUCAUUUCGUCAUUUUGGAGAGAGUGGGUCUGUUGAUGUACAAGACAUGGAGCAGAAAUUGGUAUCGAUUCGGGAGAAAAUUGAUCAGUUUCCUAUGAAAGAUGUUUUCAAUAUGGAUGAAAUGAGAGGUUUUAUAGGCUACAAGUUGAUCAUUCACUGGCAACAAAACAACUUGAAGGAAGAAAACAAGAUAAAGAAAGGUUGA